GCAAUUUGGUCGGUUUUGUGUGCUCUCUGUGAUUCCCUCUGAGCAGCUAAGUGUCCUGGCUUGGUAGCUUCUGCGGGGAGCUAUGUCUCCAUUGGGUUAUGCGCAAUUUGGUUGCUCCUCUCUUCCCUUUGCGAGAGGCCACGUGCCUUUUUGCAUCCACCUAUCCUUCUUGCGGAUAUCCCUUUUUGCAUCCACAGAGCUCCCUCACGUUGCUCUUCUCUUCCCUUCUGGUCCAGGGAGCUCUGUGUUUAUAUUGGGUUAUGUUCAACGGGAAGGGAUGUUUCCAGUGGGGGGGUCUGAGCAACGUGACUGCUCUUUUCUUCCCCUCCAACAGGAAAGCGUCUUUCUGACGUGCGCCCGUGUGUGUCCACUCUCGUGGUGUUUAGUAACCCUAGGACUUUGAAGGGUUAUAGCCUUAAGGACUUUGAAGGGUUAUAGCCUUAAGGACUUUGAAGGGUUAUAGCCGAAGGUGUUGUCACAGAUUAUCAGCCCAGAAAGAAUGUACUUGUGUUUGCUGUGGUGGCAGCUGGAGGGAAUAUUACCACCUCACAAUGAUAGAAUCCUGGGCCCCCGUCCUCCACCUCCCCCUCCGCCCCCCCUUUCAUUGUUUCAUUAUUUGCGAGAAAGAAAAAUGUUGUGGCUUCUUGUUUUGAAGGGAGGGAGAAUUCUGCUCUUUGAUGGACACUUGACACUCUAUGAGAAGAGCUGUCGUCAGCAUCUGGUGUGUGCCGAGAGGCAGCCGCACCAGGUGCCACCGGGCAGUCGUAUUUGGGAUUCAAGGGGGUUUUCUAUGGAGGAGCAGGAUCUCGACUGGCGUUCGCCAUUCUUGCUCACUUCUCGCUUGAAGUACCAGCUUUGUCCUCUCUUCGAGGACCUAACCAAAUAGAAGGCGAGGAUGCGUUGGUGGGUACUGAUUGGAUUUUUUGAGCUCUCUAAGCUUGAAGUACCAGCUUUGUCCUCUCUAAGCUUGGCAGGACUCGUGUCAGGCUCUCUGCUGUAUGUCAAACCCAAGGACAAGCGAUUUCGGAGCAUCAUUGGGUAAUUGCCAGUUGGCUGUUCUUCCUCUUGUUUUUCUCUUUAGAAAGCGAUGGGUGUUGGGGAAAGACCUGAAUAUACAGCGGUGAGAAAAAAGGACGACGAGGCAACGGGUUUGAGUCUUCACUGAAAGGUGCUGCUGACAAGGAAGUUUUAUUGACGGUACCGUGGGAUAUAUGCGGAGGGCUGAAAGUGGAUUGACGAAGGCUUUCCCCGGGAAGAGAAAUAUGUUAGCCAUGCGUCUGACUCAGGAGGGGGGGAGAGGGGGAGGAGAGGGUGGGCGUUUGUCAUGAUGGGUGUAAGGAAAAAAGGUUUCUUUGUUUAGGGGUUUUGACAUUUUUUGUUGCCUUUGGAUAACUGUAUUGUUUCCAGUGUUCAUAUUCUUGGAAGUUUUGUCUUUCUCUCAAAACUCUUGAACUUCUAGAAUAUGUGAGUUUCAGCACGGACUUGGUGAGCAUUAUCAGCAUCGGCAGUGGAUGCCUGCACGAUCAGGCAGGUCUCUUGCCACUGCAGAGAAUCGGCCAGUGUAAGCGAGACAAAGGGAGGGAAUGAAAGGGAAGAAGAUAUGCGGUGCCCGAAACGAUUCCACCGUUUGCAUGGGGGGAUAAACGGCGUCAGUCAAUUGCUGGUAUCUAUCUGGACAAGCGAUUUGGGGGUCGGUAAGGUCAGGGCUCGCCGGACAUAUUUGGGGGGGGGGGGGGGGGGGGGGGGGGGGGGGGGGGGGGUUGUGUGUCUUCUCCGCCAAAUGGAAGUCCAUGAAGAAACUCAUCAUUCAUCACAGUUCUUUCUGUGUUCACGAAUUUAAAACACCAGUGCCUUUAUCACUUCGGAAAAUAACGGCCCUCCGAUCUUUCAGGUGGCCGAAGCGAAACGACGGUCAUCAUUAGAUUUAUCAAUGGCAGCCGUCAUCUGGCCCGGCCUCCGAAUCCUUUUGGAAUGGGCGUUUUCCCUCCUCUCUGAAGCGGCAAAGGUACUAGUGGUUAAAGGAGAGAAAAAAUAGAAAUUGCAGACGAUGAGGCCUAGGCAUGCCUACACUUCCCAUGUGUUCCUGCCUAUUCAUGUUUGCUCAGCUGACUAUGUUUAAGGCAUGGUAGUGUCUCUCGUAGUCCUGCCCUGCUUUUCUCUCAUACCCCUGCUGUUGUCUUGAUGGGUUUCAUAAGAAUCAUAACCCCGUCCAGUGUACUUUGCUCAGCUACCUCCACCGCUCUCCGCCAACUUCCUUUGUUGCCACUACAUAACAUUCGAAACGCAUUUGGAGUCCUUUGACUCUGCAAAUGAUCCAGAGUCCAGACACAUUACAACCAGCGGAACGGAACAUUUUGAGUUAGAGUGUAUCAGGAGCGUGUCGAAGGUCCGGAUAAGGUUCAAGUGUUUUUUAGUGGAGUGGAGGUCCCAAUACGAUAUGUAAGCCGCAGAGCGUUGUAUACUAUCGCAGACAAAAGCUGCCCUUCCCAUAUCGACUACUACCCAAUCAGCUAUCCAUCCCGUCACUUAUCGCCAACAUGCAACCCACCCUGAACCAGAUAAUGAAAUAAAUGAUAGACG